CUGAUCUCAAAUCAGACUCUGGUAUGCUGUAACUGCUCUCUCUCUCUCUUUACGUGGAUUUUGGCAAAGUAAGAUUUUUGGAGCAUAAACUUUCAGACAUUUUUCUCUGUAGUCUGGAAUCAUCUUUCUGGAUCCGAUGAUCACAGGGCAGCUGAGCAAACCGUUGCUCCCCCUGCGUGCCGAUAUGGACGCCUGCGAGCUGCGGGACGACGACAAGCCGGCCAGCCCGGACAGCGAGCUCAACGAUGAGCCUUUGGUGCUCUCAGCUGACACCGACUCAGAGGAGAAGAUGUAUGGUGGGCGAGGUGGAUCAGUUCAAUCUGAUGCAAGCAGCAGUCCUACAGAACAUGGUCAUAUGGGUCAGACUCACCCUGCGUACCCUGUUGGACCACAGUCUUUACUGGUGGCUCAGCAGCUGGCAUCAGCUGUUAGUGGAGUGAUGUCUGGCGGAGCUCCGGGUCUCAAUCAGCCCAUUCUCAUCCCCUUUAAUGCUGGUGGGCAUCUGGGUGGCCAACAGGGCCUGGUUCUGUCUCUGCCCACUGCUGCCAACAUACAGGGCCUGGUGGCGGCCGCAGCUGCUGGUGGCAUCAUGACGCUCCCACUACAGAACUUGCAAGCUACCUCAUCCCUGAACUCACAGCUCCAGCAUCUCCAACAGCUCCAGCAGCUCCAGCAUCACCAGCAACAGCAUCACCAUCAUCAGCAACAACAACAGCAGCGGGAGCAGCGGGAACGAGAGCAUCGUGAGCGAGAACAGCAACGAGAACGAGAGCAGCAGCAGCAGCAGCUCUGUGGCCCAACACAUCUCCAGCCACCCAGUCAUCGUCAACUCACUCCACCAAUCCAGUCACAAGUGUCCGGACCUUCUCCAGGCACCUGUACCUCCAAUCACAGCUCAGCUCAACCUCCCCAGUCUCCGCCCAAUCACAGGCAAAACCAAUCACCAGCUCGUAGCUUACCUUCACCUGUCACGCCGCCUCUGCCACUGCAGCUUAACCCUCUGGCAAGUCAGGCAGCGGUUGCAGCAGCAAUGGGGUCAAUCGCUGGGUCACAGGUGUUUGGUAAUGCUCUCUCCAGCCUGCAGGGUGUCUCCGGUCAACUGGUCACCAAUGCACAAGGACAGAUCAUUGGGACCAUUCCUCUGAUGCCAAAUUCCGUAGGACCUUCCAGCCAAUCAGGGGCUGGCACUCCCUCGCUGCAGGUUCAGCCAAUCACGCCGCAGCUGCUGACCAAUGCUCAGGGUCAGAUUAUAGCCACCGUGAUUGGCAACCAAAUCCUGCCAGUUAUCAACACCCAGGGAAUUACACUGUCACCUAUUAAACCUGGACAGCAGCAGAUGCCACAAGCAUCUCAGACUGCGCCGGCUCCUCCUGUGUCUCAGCCGAAUUUGCUGCGCAUGCCUCACAACCAGAGUCCGCUUCGACAGGCCUCUUCCUCCUCCUCGACAUCAUCAUCUUCCUCCUCAGCCCUCAGUGUCGGACAGCUAGUCAGCAAUCCACAGAAUGCUCCCAGUGAAGUGGACGGUGUAAACCUGGAGGAGAUUCGGGAAUUCGCCAAAGCGUUUAAAAUUCGCCGGCUGUCUCUGGGUCUGACUCAGACGCAGGUGGGCCAAGCCCUUAGUGCAACCGAAGGCCCUGCCUACAGCCAGUCUGCCAUCUGCAGACACACCAUCCUGAGAAGCCACUUUUUCCUACCACAGGAAGCCCAAGAGAACACUAUAGCUAGCAGUCUGACAGGCAAACUGAAUCCUGGCCUUUUAUAUCCUGCCAGGUUCGAGAAGUUGGACAUCACCCCAAAAAGCGCCCAGAAGAUUAAACCUGUGCUGGAGCGCUGGAUGGCAGAGGCGGAAGCCCGCCAUCGCUCCGGUAUGCAGAACCUGACCGAGUUUAUCGGCAGCGAGCCCUCCAAAAAGCGCAAACGCCGGACCUCUUUCACGCCGCAGGCCCUGGAAAUCCUCAACAGCCACUUCGAGAAGAACACGCACCCCUCCGGUCAGGAGAUGACGGAAAUCGCCGAGAAACUGAACUAUGAUCGCGAGGUGGUGCGGGUGUGGUUCUGCAAUAAGAGGCAAGCGUUAAAAAACACUAUAAAACGGCUGAAACAACCCGAGCUCGGGACAGGCGCACCGAUGGAUCCUCUGGUUGAUAAUAUGGAGGAACAUCCUUAACUCUAUGUGACACAUCUGCAGUGAUAAAACAUCUGGACUUAAAGACCUGGACUUUUACAUCCUAACUGGAUCGACUAAAGCAAAAAGAAAUAUUGUCGGUGACAUCAUCACGGUAAAAAUUGAGAAACUUAAGCAAAAACCAAAAAAAAAUUAUAAUUGUGUGGGAAUGAAAAUGAUAACGUACUUGAAGAUUUUCUCAAGUAGAAGUUAAGAAUAAGGAUCAUACAGUAUUAAAAUCAAGGAUGUUGAAGAAACUACUUACCAAAGUUUGUUGCAUCUGAUUCCUGAGUUUUUUUUUAUUGUAAAUGUGUUUAAUGCAUUUUUAAAUUUUUACUGGGAAAAAAAGAGGGGGAAAAGAUUUGUUUGUUGGGGUGUGACUUUCAAUCUUUUGGUUUAUUUUACCACUUGGGUUUUUAUGUAAAUAUUUACGGUUAUCUGUCACCAAGUUGAAGUUUCAAAAUAUGUUGAUAAAGUUUAUUACAGAACUGUCUGUUUUGUCAAAGGCACAUUUCUGCCAUCCACAUGAGGCCAUUCUCUGUUGUUGUCAUCUCCUCUGUUCAUGAAAGACUGCAGACGGCAGCGGUGGGUUACAGAUCACACGUCUAUUUUGCAAAGAGAUUCUCAGUGAAUAUAACAGAUAUCCACAUUCAUUGCAGCUGUGAUUUCAACUAUUUUAUGGUAUUGCCAAAGCCUCCUAGCCAAAGAACAUAAUAUUUGGCCCAAGGACCUGUGUCAUACCUUGGCCUGAACUCAAACCAUUUCAGUUUUUUUAUAUUCUUUAUAUGACCUAAGCUUUCUUACUUAUAAUAACCAAAAACUCAGUUUUAUGUUACUUGUCACACUCAAUUACACUGUAAGAAAAUGCACCAUCAAGUUAAAACAACUCAGUUUUGCAAAUCAGUUCAACCUACUAUUUGAAGUUUUAACUUAAUUGUUGACAUAACUUAAUUGGAUUGCUCAGCUCUUUAGCUUUUCAUUAUGUACAUUUCCCAGCAUGUGAGGUGGCAUUAAACUCUGUCUCAUUGGCUGCUUGGACCAAAAGGUCUUUCCUGGGCAACUGUUAAAAUUGUUGAACUUUAUUUGUUAAAGUUACGGUGGGUUCACACCAGCCGCGUUUGUGGCGUCAAAUUCGCAUUUACCGUGUCUAGUUUGCCACUUGAACAUUUUGAGUUUACUCGCUUUAUUCACGCGUGAAAGCCGUGCGUGAAAUUUAAGUCAUCGAGACUUUUACGCAGAAAUUCGCUUCAUGGGAGGGGCUUCUGUAACUCCGCUCCCUUCCUGUAAUCAUGUCACUACUAGAGCAAGCUCCUAAUUGGUUAACGCACCACGUUUUUCUGGGAAAGUUAAAAUUGUUCAACUCGCGCGUUUCCCGCGACAACACUCAAUUUGCGCCAUUCGCACGAAUAAGGCGGAAUCAUGUGUACCGCACUGCGCUAAACGCCUCAUUCGCGUCGCAAAACCUCCAGACACAUCUUUACAUUGACUUAACAUUGAAAUCACUCGCGCUUGACUCCUCUACCGCGGCUGGUGUGAACACAGCAUAAAAGUAACAAAAUAUAUGAUGAUUUGACAAAAAUGCUGCAUCUUUUACAGUGUAAUUAUAUUUAAAAGCAAAUAAAUUAGAUGAAUUACUUUUACAUUUUUUAUAUUUUGAUCACUUAGGUUAUGCAAAUUAUCUUUUGUCUUUAUUGUCUCUAUUCCUGUCUCAGUGAGAAAGAUGCGAAUGGAGAAUAUGUCUGCAUUUACUGUAAAAAAAAAUGCAGCAUGAAGUUAAAACAACUUGGUUUUGCAAGUCAAUUCAACCUACUAUUUUUGGUUUUGGCUUGUGAAAAGUUGAGACAACUUAUAAAAUCAAGUUGAAUAUGUUUAGUUAAAGUAAGAUCUAAAUAUUUGUUGAUUUGACAAAAAUGCUGCAUCUCCUUUUCAGUGUAUUAGUAACAUUGUGCCCACUGUGUAAAAGAAAAAUUUAAAAUUAAUUCAACUUAAAAAAUAUAUACUAUAAUUUUUAAGUUACAUGAACUCAAAAAUUUGAAGGCAAUGAGGUAACUUACUUUUUUUAAGUUAAACCAUCAAAUCAAUUAAAACUUGAGUUAAUUUUAUACAUUAUUUUAUAUAUGAUUUAUUUUUGUAAAUAUUAUUUUGUUGUUUAAUUUAUUAUUGUCCACAAAUGUUAUGUAAAAAUUAUUAGAACAAAAAGCUGCAAAAAAGGUGUACAUUUAAAUCCUUUCCUUUCUUGUGACUGUUUCACAUAAAAGUAUUAUUAUUUGUAUUUUUUGAUGUAGAUUUUUCACAUUUAACCACAAAAAAGUAUUCAGAAGUACAGAUCUGUUUAAAAAGCUUAAUACAUACAUGGUUAUUUCUUCUAUUUAUUUAUUUAUUUAUUUAUAGACACUUUAUUUUAUUGUAUUGUUUAUGAUGGCUAAUCUCAUAUCUUUUUAAUGUUUUUUUAUUCAGCCCACAUUUCUCCAUUCAGGUAAUGGCAAGAACAAAGAAAAUAUUUUAGGUAUUGCAAAUGUAAUUUCAUUAUUUGCUACAAUUUUAGUUACAGGAAAAAUGACUGCUUUUCAACUACGAAAAUUAAAUCUUGAUUUACAUUUUUUUUUUUAAAGUCUUGUGAUUCAACUCAUAUUGUAUACAAUCAAAUUCUUCCCUGCUCUUUCAUUAUCAUGAAUCUGAACGCAUGGUGUGGUUGGAAAGAUAUACAGGUCUACAGGCUUAAGAAACAAAGCUGUAACCAAAAAUUAAAACCGAGAAUCUACGUUCUGCCUUUGCUCAUCUUUUCAAUGCUGGACCAAAGCUCAAUAGUUAUAUGCACAUUGUACAGAGAAAUGGCUAAAUGUUGCUGACAAUCUUGAAAUAUGUAACUGUUUGAAGAAAUGGAUCAAAUGGAUUAUAGCAUUAAAAUUACCUCAGCACUGUCCUGGUAAGUAGUGAGCAAUGUCAUAACAUGAUGAUACCUUUUCCCAGAACUAAAAAAGACUUGUAAAUGUUUGUAAGUAGUUUUUAAUAGGCUUUAACUCACCAGUUUUUCUUUACAUGUGCUUUCCAGGGUCAUGUGUAUAGAGCAUUAUAGACAUUGUUAAAAUUGUUUUUUUCUUUUACUUAUCGUUUGUUUUUGUUUUUCUUUCACAUGUAAGAUACGUGUUUGAGUUUUAUUGCCUGGAAUUGCCUGUAUACAUAGGGAUCAAAGAAAACUUUGCUGAUCAGUUCAAUUGUUUUUGAAAGAUAAUGGAAGAUUUAUUGAAGAAAACACACUGGUACACAUAUAUAAACACACACACACACAUACACAUACACACAAACGUUAACAUUGUUAUUACUUUGAAGACCUCGAAACCAAAGCGAUUAACCUGCUACGGAUGCUUUAAUUUUAUAGACUGAAAACUGUAUGUAUUAUAUAGAGCAAUAUCUGUUCGGUCAGUAAAGCUGCACUUUGUGUAUUUCUUAACAGCUUCAAGUCUGUCACAUUCAUUUGUACCAUAAUAAAUAAUAAUAAACAAUUGUUU